AUGUCGGGGUCGCCUUGGCCGAGAGCGCUUUUCGGAGGCGCGGUUACAAUCGCCAUCGGAUACGCCAUCAUGAAAGCAACCACUCCGACGGAUCAGCAGUUCUACGAUGCCCUUUCACCCGAUCUCAAGCGCCAAGUCGACGCCCAGCGAUUGGCAGCCUCUCGCAAAGCGGCGUACGCCGAGCAGCUCAAGAGGGCCAAGGAGCAGGACGACACAGCGCCCGUGUGGGCCGAAGGCGCAAAGUACAGAAACUCGACGCCGCCGCCUCGCAUCUAG